GCCGCCUUGACCGGAACAAUGGGUGGAGCUGAUCUAACGCGUUUGAAUAAAGGGAUCAAUUCCUUUUCUCCAUUUUCAAGCCUUCUAUUAGAUGAAGAACCUUCCUGGUUCACUUCUAUUACAUCAAUCCCUUUCCUCUGUUUAAUUUCGGAUCUGCGAUGUUCAGGCCGGAGAUCACCACCGACGUGCCGCUCCUCGCCGUCGUCGGGGAGGCCUUCUGCUUCCCCUACCUGGUAGACUUGACUGCUAAGAAGGGGAUUUACGGCGUCUCUUCUCUCCAGUUCGACGUCUCCGACGGCAACGGAAGCCCUCUCCUCCGAGUCCACGGCAGGCUCUGGCGGUUGUUGCAGAAGAAACGGACCAUUUCUGACCCCUUCGGCCUCCCCGUCGUCACUAUGCGCGCCAAGACUCUUGCCUUAAGGAAUGUUUGGCAAGUUUACAAGGGAGAAAGUUUAGCUGAAGAGAAUAUGUUAUACACGGUCCGAGAAACUAAAUAUAUUCAGAUGAAAGUCAGACUGGAUGUUUUCAUGGCUAGCAACCAGGGAGAUAUCUGUAAUUUUCACGUUAAGGGUUCCUAUGCUUCUCAGAAUUUCAAAGUCUACCAAGGAGAUAAUAUGAUUGCUGAGGUGAAGGAGGAGAAGAAGAUUGGCAACUUCUUCAAAGGCAUAGAGAGGUUUGAUGUAAGAGUCUUCCCUGGUGUCGAUUAUGCUUUCGUCAUUUCGCUAUUAGUUAUAAUCAAUGCCAUUGAUGGAGGAUCAUAACAAUAAGCCUUUGAUUUCUUCUCUUAGUGAUUUUUUUUGAGUAAAUUCCAUAAUUGGUCCUUUAUAAUAGGGGGUUUCCAUAUUUAGUCCUCUAUUAUCAAAUAUUAUCCCCGUAGUCCUUUUUUUAAGGGUACCUUUCCACAAAUGAUUAUUUUUUUGAUCUUCUGCCAUGUUGGUGUUAAUUUAAAGGCUAACAGUAUAAUUUGACGUCAACAUUAUGUCUAGUGACGUGUUCUGAUAUUAGUUAAGCAGAUAACACAAAAAUAAUGACUAUGAUUGUGGGCUAGGAUUCUGAUGAAAGAUCACAUUUGUAGACUAUAGUUGUCAUAAAAAGCGACUUUAAUUCACAAACGACGCAAACGGAAUAGCCUUUGGAAUUGUGUAUGACAAAAAAGAUAUAUUAUCAUUGUGAAAUUACAUUUUUAGCCCUCAAAUUAACAUCAACAUGAUAGAAGAUCAAAAAAAGGACUAUUUGUGGAAAGGUACCCAUAAAAAAAGGACCACUUGAGUAAUAUUUGAUAAUAGAAGACUAAAUAGGAAAACCCCCUAUUAUAAAGGACCAAUUAUAGAAUUUACUCUUUUUUUUUUGCUUGAAUUUACAUUCUUUUUUUGUUUGGUUGUUUGAAAUUACAUUUUAGUUUAGAGUGCUUAUAGCCAGUCUUAUGUAUUAUAAGAGCCUUUGUAACACAAAAGCUGUUUAAUUUGAGAUAAGGCACUUAAGUAUAGGGCCAGAUUUGAAUGGACGGUGAAUCUAUGCCAAUUUUGAGAGGUUUUUUGUGUAGAUGUAAUGGUCCUGAGAUUUAAAAAGUUGAAGAAAGUUUAUCCCAUUGU